UUGCUAGGCCGACACCCCAGACUGUCCACCUUGCAAGGUCACGUGGUGCUAGCUGUCCGACAUCAGUACAUCGCCAUUGACGACCAGCUGCUGACGCUGGAAGACGGGGACGAGGUCGCCGUGGUGCCGCCCCUGAGUGGAGGAUAACGGAUGGCGCCGUCAGAAGAGGGGAGGAACGUCUUCAAGCUGAGUCGUGAUUGGCUGUCUGUGCAGGAAGUGGUGGCCGCUGUCAGCAGUGCUUCCUGUGGAGCCAUCUCUCUAUUUAUUGGUACGACGCGCGAAGACGAGCUGCACGGCAGGAAGGUGAUUGGUCUGGAGUACGAGGCGUACGAAGACAUGGUCCAAUCAGAGCUGAGCAGGCUUUGUGAUGACAUCAGAGCACGCUGGCCUGACGUGACACACAUCUGUGUGCACCACCGCUUGGGGUGGGUGAAAGUGGGCGAGGCCAGCGUAGUCAUGGCAAUCUCAUCCCCUCACCGCCAUGAGGGUCAGCAGGCCAUCCAGCACUUGAUGGAGCAGCUGAAGGCCCGUGUGCCCGUAUGGAAGAAGGAAGUCUACGAUUCCCAUGAGGUUGCCUGGAAGGAGAACGCAGAGUGCGGCUGGUCCAGUUGCCAUGGAGACGCUGCCCAAAAACUCUAAAUAGUCAAUAAACACAUUAUAUUAUAUUAA